ACAGCAUGACCAUAGCAUGACAACAACCAUGACUAAAUAUCAUACACAUUUCUAGCGCAAUUGGACCUCUGCAUAUCGAUAUGGGGCAAAAUCAUCCAUUACUAUUGUUUUUGAAGACUCUAUUAGCGUUCUUUCUUAUUGUGGGAAACGUUAAACCUGUACUAUCAGAUGGUUGGAUCCAUGCGCAUGCAGAGGACAAACUCUUUAAAAAACUCUUCAUUGGUUAUAAUAAGUGGUCGAGACCCGUGCAAAACAUCAGUGAUGUUGUUAUAGUCAAGUUUGGCCUCUCCAUCGCCCAGCUUAUUGAUGUGGAUGAGAAGAAUCAAAUGAUGACAACAAACGUUUGGCUGAAACAGGAAUGGAACGAUUAUAAACUGCGCUGGAACCCCUCUGAUUAUGAUAAUGUAACGUCCAUUAGAGUCCCAUCAGAGAUGAUAUGGGUACCUGAUAUUGUCCUGUACAAUAAUGCCGAUGGCGAGUUUGCUGUGACUCACAUGACCAAAGCCCACCUCUUCUAUACGGGCAAGGUAAGCUGGGUUCCACCUGCCAUCUACAAGAGCUCCUGCAGUAUUGACGUUACCUUCUUCCCGUUUGACCAACAAAACUGCAAGAUGAAGUUUGGUUCCUGGACCUACGACAAGGCCAAGAUUGACCUCGAGCAAAUCGAGAACACCGUAGACUUGAAGGACUACUGGGAGAGCGGAGAAUGGGCCAUCAUCAAUGCCGUGGGAACCUAUAACACCAAAAAAUAUGACUGUUGCCAUGAGAUCUACCCAGACAUCACCUUCUUCUUCAUCAUACGUCGUUUGCCUCUGUUCUACACCAUUAACCUCAUCAUUCCAUGCCUGCUCAUCUCCUGCUUGACAGUGCUGGUAUUCUACCUGCCUUCAGACUGUGGAGAGAAGAUCACGUUGUGUAUUUCCGUCCUCCUUUCCCUCACCGUCUUCCUUCUCCUCAUCACAGAGAUCAUUCCUUCAACGUCUUUGGUCAUUCCGUUGAUUGGCGAGUACCUUCUCUUCACCAUGAUCUUCGUCACACUCUCUAUAGUCAUCACUGUAUUUGUUCUGAACGUCCACCAUCGUUCUCCAAGCACCCAUAAAAUGCCCCAUUGGGUCAAGUCAGUAUUUCUGGAUCUCAUCCCUCGCUGGCUUUUCAUUCGACGCCCAGAACCCGAUCAGAAGCACCAACGGUUGCGUGUUUUGCAGAAGAACAAGACUCCCAAUCUCAGCACAUUCAAUAGCUGGUUGCAGCAGGAAACAGAUGUAGAUGGAAGGGGCUUUCAGGACAUGGAUUUUGGAGUAAAGAUGGGUAUACCAUCCUCCAUUUCUUGCCCGUCUGCCACGUCUCUGCAUUUGUCUGAGCCUUUACUCCAGAAGUUGGAGCUUCAGCAGUUGGGAAACUUAGUGAACCUUUGCCAGCAUCCAGCAAAGCUAACAAACCUGGUGUCAGACCCUAGCAUAACCUUUUCACCUUGCGUCCUACAAGCUCUGGACGGGGUACGGUACAUCGCUGAUCACCUGCGUGCCGAGGAUGAAGACUUUUCAGUCAAGGAGGACUGGAAAUAUGUGGCGAUGGUGAUUGACCGUAUCUUCCUGUGGAUGUUCAUCAUUGUGUGCCUACUGGGGACAGUUGGUCUCUUCUUGCCUCCCUGGAUAUCAGGAAUGAUCUGACUGCUUUAGGAACCAAGAUACAGACCAAAAUCAAGAGCCACGAUAAAGAUUUCCUUGAUGGAAGCCAAGUACAUUGGACAUUUGAUAUAUGAAAAGAGGUGAUUUUAUUUAAUCUUUCUUUUACGUAACAACAGUAGAUAUCUGUUUGUUGUGGGUUUACUUGACACAGUUCAUUUUCACAACACAAGAAACAUGGCUCACUUCUCAUUGAAUACACUGACAUUUAACACUAUCUAACUGCACCCAAUCCCAGUCAUUUCCAUGCAUAAAGGCAAAGGCCUUCACAAGAGCAAUAUGCAAAAUUAACCUUUAGAAAAAGCUUAUGUGACCCUGACUGGUGGUAGUUCAAUUCCGUUUAGUCUCUACCAUUUAUCCAAAUGUUAAAUGAACCGUAGAUUACUUUUUGCACCGCUUUCAACAGCAAUUAUCUGCAAGGUCAGAAGGCAACUCUUAUUUAUUGCUAACUUUCCUCGUCUUUGAAAUGCAAUGCUUCUGAAAUUAGGAGGGUUGUGUCAUUAUGCAUGGCGGGUGUAUGAACUGUGUAGGUCACGGAUAAAAUAGGAACUGAAAGUUGCUUAAAUUACAUUUAUACUGUGAAAUUCUGCUUGCCUUUACAGAAAAAAACAACAACACAAGUUCUGACAAACUAGCUGCAAAUUUGCCAUGCGUUAUUUUCACAUGUACAUAAGCAUGUCAUUCACUGCAAAUGUUUGCCAGAAGUUUGCAGCUCUUCACCGGUAGUGGUGAACCAGAAGCAAACCUUUGGUAACAAUGGACAAUUUGCCACAAGUUUACCACAAAGCUUAUUUGCAUGUGAAAAUGAUCAGUGUUGAGUUUGUGGCAUUUUUGCAAGGGUGUCCGUUGAACUAAAAAGUAUUGUGCAAAAUUUCCCACUAAAGCCAAAAUCUUAGAUAGGAGAACCAUUUGUCUUCUAAAAUAAAGUAUAAGUCAUGACACAAAAAUGUCUUUAAUUGACUUUAUUAAUACAAAUGACCUUUUGUUCCAGUUAUAUCCCUUAUACUACUGUACAAUGUUCAUUUAAUUUAGAGUUUAAAUUUUAUUUAUGAAGUAUAGCGGACAUGAUGCCUUCAAUACAGGACUUUUGAGCACUUUGACCAUUUCGCCGUCUGUCCAAUGUCUUCGUUUUGACCAAAAUACUGGACGUCCAGGCGCCAUAUUUGAUUUUUGAUGGGUGUGAAACCUUGGCUGUGAGGGAUAGAUUUAGUCUCUUCAAUGGCAUGCACUGCAUAAAGUUCCAACAUCACAUCUAUUUUUCGUAAUGUUUUCUGGUGUUUUAUUCUUCAACACUUGAAAUAGUAGUACAGCCAAUUGAAGAGACAGUGUAAAGAAUAUCGAGCCUUUCCCUGCCAGCCCCGUUGUUAUUACCAUUAGAAAUUAAAAAUGCCGCUGCUGUGAAUAAGUAGGGAGUGUAGGGAAUAGAAAUGUGGAAAUAAAAAUGCAAAA